AAUAGGAUUUACUCCUGAAUGAGUAUGAAUGAGGAGAAUCUUAUUUAAAGCAGAAAUUAUCCAUCAUCAGAUUAGCUGUGUCAGACAAGAGACUGUGAUUAAGCCAGGGAAAUGUCUCUGUUGCCUCUUUUCUAAAGCACUGCUGGGCAUCUUAAUUUACUGGGCUGUGAACUGCAAGUGGAGCGCUAAGUAACACCAAGGGAAGAAGGGAAGUUGUGAAGGGAACUCCACAGGGGGACGCAUUCAACUAUUUAGGCAAAAAAACAACAGUUUGACACUGUACAUGAUGGGGUUUAUGUGAAUUACUCUCUGUGGCUGCUUCAUUUUUCUUGCUAUGAACUGGAAUUUCUUAACACAUGUGUUGCCAUGUGCUCAUUUCUGAGUGUCUAUUGUUCUGUUUUGUGAGUGGGUUGAUGUGCGUGUGUGUGUGUGUGAGUGUGUGUGUGUGUGCAUGAGCAAAUGGGAAUGAAAAAAGGGUGUUUGCCCUACAAACUCUGCCCCCAGCGCGAGCCCCUUCAUCCUCCCCUUGUUGUCAUGCACAGGCGCUCUCCCUUUGGCACAAAGUAGGCUGGCAGCACAAGAGCCAUGUGUUUUAGCUCCACACUUUGAAGGGGCUCAAAAAAACUUUUCAGAACUGUUUCUGAGAAACGUCGUGUAAAGGAGAGAGAGAGAGAGAGAGAGAGAGAGAGAGAGAGAGAGAGAGAGAGAGAGAAAAAAGAGGAGGAGAGUGGGGGUGAAAGAGAGCGUAAGUGCAGGGAGAGAGAUGGGGAGCAUAAGGAGCUGCAGACAAAAAUAAGUUGUCUUUCAUGUGAUGAUUUGAUCUCAGUUGUUGAGGGAUACCUUUGUUGGACAAUAUUUGGGGAGAUUCUGCAAGAGACUCAACAACAGCUCGGCUGUAAUCCUUACUCGGUGUUUCCCAUCCCAUCACUGAAGUUAGCCCAAGCUGUUUCAAUGAUGCAGUGCGACGAGCUCUCAGCCAGAGAGGAGUUCACCUACAGCCACAUGCCCACCCUGGAGAGGGGCAGUGGGACGUUGGGACGGCGGGGCGACAGUGGAGCAGAGAGAAGGCCAGAAAGGGGGGAGCGCUAUAGGCCCGAACGGGACAGCUACACAGUGGACGUGAGGGCCAGUGACCUGCAGCUGGCCCAGCCGGAGCCUCUAAAGCACCCCUGCUUCAGCUACAGGGCCUGGCUCUACAGUGUCCUCAUAGGGGGCAGUCUGCUCAUCACAUCUGGUUUCUCUCUGUACCUGGGAAAUGUGUUUCCUGUUGCCAUGGACUACCUACGCUGUGCUGCAGGCUCUGGCCUUCCUGCAGCGAUAGCCAGUUUUGCCAUUGCCAAGAACAGACAUGUUGCAGUGUCAGAUUUCCAGGUGGUCUACGUGUCAACAUUUGCUGUGACAACCACCUGCCUGGUUUGGUUCGGAUGUAAACUGGUCCUGAACCCUUCUGCUGUCAAUAUCAACUUUAACCUCAUCCUGAUGAUUUUGCUGGAGGUGUUGAUGGCCAGUACUGUCAUCCUGUCAGCCCGCUCUGCAGAAGACUGCUGCUGCCACAGGAAGCCAGUGACAUAUGACAGACCUGUGGUUAUAACGCCUGCAGUGUUCCCCACUCGACUCCUUAAAGCAUAUUCCGUGAUCGAAGUAAUUGUGGGAAUUUCUGCUGUAUUCGGAGGAAUUAUUGCACUCAACAUGGAUGCUUUGCUUCCUGGACCCUACUUGUCUGUCACAUUUUUCUGGAUUCUUGUGGCUUGUUUUCCUAGUGCUAUUGCCAGUCAUGUUGUGUCAGAAUACCCCAACAAAUGUCUGGUGGAGGUGCUGAUUGCCAUCAGCAGCGUGACGUCUCCCCUGCUCUUUUCAGCCUCCGGCUUCCUCUCUUGCAGCGUGAUCAGCUUUAUUGAAAUUUUCCUGCAUGAUGUGCCUACAGCCAAGCAAUCCUACGACAUCCUGCUGCUCAUUCUGAUGGUGCUGCUACUGGUGCAAGCAAUUCUAACUUCAGCCACUGUGGUGCACUGUGCCUCCUACAAGAGUCAGCUCCGCAUAGGGGCUCCAGAGUGCGAGGACAGCAUGCACACCCCAACCUAUUACUGCGAGCAGCAAGCAUCCAAUGGAACACAGCAGGAUUUUGACAAAGACAGAACCUGGAAGGCAGUUGUGGUCCAAAUGGCCCAAUGAACAGUCCUGCAGUGCACUGAGAACUUUGAUGAGAAGUGGGAAAAGGAGGAAUCAAAGAAACUCUGUAAGCGUUAAGCACAAGAGUACAAUCCUGAGACAGAACACACUGGAAAAAAGGAAAAGCAAUAAAGAUGUAUUCAGAGAUAGAGUGAGAGAUAUGAAGGAAAAGGGAGAGGAAAAUAAAGAAUGAAAGAUAGUGAAAGAAUGCAAGGCAGAUAAUAUGAUUCUUUUAUUUGUUUUGGAUUAAGAUAUUUGCAUAGAGAAUGCUUUGAGUACUUGAUGAUGAUGUCUGUUUUCUGGGUUUUUAUAAUUGUUGCCUGCUUACUGUAGUGAGGAGUGGCAUUAUUUGACCUGGGAACAGAACCAUUCAAUGAACAAUCAUGUGAGUCAAUGUUCAGUAGUAUAAAAAUGUUCCGAGCACUCGGGCCGAAACACAAAGUCUUAUGAUGUCUCAAAAUAUUUAACUUUGUUCUACACAGUAAACACAUACCACUGAAUUCAUUCUGGAUUUAUUGGAUGCAGUUUUGUCAGCAUCAUUGUCAAGGUUGUACUGUAGGAUGAAAAGGAUGCCAUUAUGUAUAAAAUGCAAUGAAACUGUAUGGGUUUUUUACAUUUUUUUGUAAGAGAAUGAUAUGCAUUUUUGCUACUUUUCUAACACAUGUGGUGGCUUAUCUAUCACCUGGCACUGGCUCAAUUUAUUCUAAGGUAUCAACCUGUCAUGACCUAGUGAUGUUUUGAAACAGCCACAUUUAUAGGAGAGUUUUCCAAAUAAUGAACACUGACUUAUCUUAGCACUCUCUUGACUGUAAGUUAUAUUUUGUUCAGUUGUAGGCUUCUUUGUGUCUUCUUGUGUACCGUGGUGUGGUAGUGGUUGCAACAGUUUAUUACAAGAGAAUUGAUCCACCUGGAUAUUGCAGAUAUUAACUGAUGUAAAGAGUUUUAACUGAAAUUGUGUCUUAUUUAGAAAAAUAAAAUGUUCAUGUGUGUAUAAUG